AUGCCCGCACAGCCAUCCAUCCGCGCAUACUUCAGCAAGCCCCACGCAGCAGCUACCGCCAGAGUAGCCCUCAAGUCUACAAGCCCCCCCGCCGCCAGACAGGGCACCGAGAACAUGCCCGUUAAUGAGAGCAGCGAGGCCGGACAAGUGAUCGCCAAAGAGUCCAAGAAACGUACAAGGCCUGAUGAGACAGCCGCCGCAGCAGGAUCGAUCACCAAAGUAGCGAAAGUCACGGCAUCUGCCACGAGCACUAUCCCGAGCAAGACUGCUGUUUCUGGGAAAUUUGAUUCUAUCGCCGACUUCCGAGAGGCUGUGAGAGGAACAUCCCUGCCGCUCCUGGAGCUGGAGACCAAGUCGAUGGGUGAAGACUGGUUCCUGGCAUUGCAACAAGAGUUUACCAAACCAUACUUUCUCAAAUUGAAAGAGUUUGUGACGACCGAGCAGCGUACCAAGAAGGUCUUUCCACCAGGCAUGUCUCGCGAUGACUCUACUCGGCAAGAUAUCUACUCGUGGUCCACACUUUGCCCACUCAAAGAUGUCCGAGUGGUGAUCAUUGGUCAAGACCCAUACCACGACGACGGGCAAGCCCACGGCCUGGCUUUCUCCGUUCGCCAGGGAGUGAAGAUCCCUCCAUCAUUACGCAAUAUCUACAAGGAGAUGACCAACGAGAUCCCCGGAUGGGUAUCACCGACUCAUGGUGAUCUCACAGAAUGGGCUAAACAUGGUGUUCUGCUCCUCAAUACCUCUCUCACCGUCAGAGCGCACACCGCCGGAUCACAUUCUAAAGCAGGUUGGGAUCAAUUCACAGCGGCAGUUCUAAAGGUCGUAACGGACCGCUUGGCACCGACGUCCGGUGAAGGGAGUGGUGCGAAUGGAGUCGUGUUCAUGGCGUGGGGAGCGCAUGCUGCAAAGAUGUGUGCAGGGGUCGACUCUAAAAAACAUUUGAUCCUCAAGUCGGCUCAUCCCAGUCCCCUUUCGGCUAGCCGGGGAUACUUUGGCAAUAAUCACUUCAACCUUGCAAACGAAUGGCUUGAAGAGCGCUAUGGUGCUGGGGGAGGCAUUGAUUGGAAAGCUCUCGGUGCCGCUCCUCCUGCUUGA